AUGUCAAAUGAUAUAAUAGGCAAUAGUAACGAAAGAUUGGUAUCACAACAAGUAUUCGAAAAAUUAAAAGCAUAUUGUAUUCAAUUGUCUCAAGAAGUUUUACAACCACAAUUAAAUGAAACUAAGACUAUAUCAUUGUUAAAUUUAGUUGUCAAUUUAUUACAUUCUGAAUACAAAAGAUUUACAGAUGAUGGAAUUUUCUUCAAACUAUUACCCAAUGUUGCUGAUUAUAUAUUUUUCCCCAUAUCCAAUUUACUAAAACAACCAAGACUAAAUGAUAAAAUAAUACAACAUAUAUUAUCAAUAAUUGGCUUUCUUAUUCAACACUGUUGGAGAUUUCAAAUAAACACUACUUUAAUUGAUCAAUUGUUUCCUUUAGUUUUAUUUUUAAGUGGAGUUGAUACUUCUAAAACCGAAGGUAAUAAUCACCCUAAGUCGUUACAAUUUCAGAAUUCCGCUAUAUAUGUUUCAUCUCAAUUAAUUGAUGCAUUAGAUAAAACAUAUUUUGAAGCACAAGAGAAAAGAUUGCAUUUCUUGAGUUCUACAAUUACAUUUGCAUUGUCAGUGAUCACUUCAAACAAAUCAAAUGAUCAAGAAUCAAUCGAGGUUUUAAGUAAUGCAUUCCAGUUGGUAAAGAAUCUGCUAUUGAGACUUAACAAAGAACAAAUAUCAAUGAUACUACCAGGUAUUGUAUCAGCCUUGACAAAUUUCACAUCUUCAAAUUCAAAUAUUAAUUAUCAAUUGUUGAUUCAAAUUUUGAGAUUAUUGACAUUUAUCGUAACUUCAUCGUUCAACGAUACUGAUUUACAAUCUGAAUUGGUCAUACCGGAAGUAGAAAGUUUAUCAGAUAUAGAAGUGGCUUGGGAUGAUGAUGAGAAAACCCUUGAUGAAACUCCAACAUCUAUUGAUGAUAUCAGAAUAACUGAGAAAGAUCACAGAACAAUGCCGUGGUUGAAGGCUACAUCUAAACAAUUAAAGAUAACCCUAGUUACUUUAUUUAAAUCAAUAUUACUAAGCUCAAGGAAUAGACAGCGAUGGCAAUCUAAAAGUGAGUUAUAUGAUGUUGUUGUGAAGUUUGUUACCUCAAUAUUGAAGAAUUGUUUCAUUACUUUAUAUAACGAAUUGACUCCACUAACUUUAGAUAUAUGUUCUAUUUUAUUAUUUUCAUCAACUUAUGACGACAAAUUGGAUUUGAAAGUAUGGGAAUUAGCUUCAACUGUUGAAGAUGCAAUUGAUGACAGUACUUCGAAACUUACAGCAUACUUUAAUAUAGUAAAAAUGAAAUUAUCAAGUCUAAUAAGUAGUAAAUUAUCAGUUAUUGUUUUUUCAACUGAUGAAGAUAAAAUUUCAAUGAAUAUCAUUGCUAUUAAAUUCCAUUUUGCAGUGUUAAUGGAGAUUUCAAGAAAACUUGGUCCUGAAUUAAAUGAGUUGAUUAUACUUAAGCAAAGAUGCUUAAGUCUUUUAAUUGAAAUAACAAUUGAUCAUGUCAAAUUCAUCAGUUCAAACAAGUCAAUCAAAAAGAGUGACAACGUAUUAAACACUUUAACACCGGGAACAUCAAAUACAUUGGAUUCAAUAGAAUUACCAGGUCAUAUUAAUGCUAGUAGUGUGAAGACGGACAAGAAGCUGCAACAAGACACCAAGGAUCAUCAUUCGAACCAUUUGCAGCAAUUAUCACGUCAAUGGAAUGAUGGAGUUCCACAAUCUAGAGGAGAGUUGACAGUUGGGCUAGGAUCUAAAUUUUUUGAGUCGAAACUAAAAUCAAUAGUCUUAUUUUUAUCUCACCUAGAAUUAAAUCAAGCAGGUCAAAGCGUUGAAGAGCUAGAGGCAAUAUUGGAUGACUUUGAUAAUGAUACAUUAAGCAAAGGUGUCUCGUUGUGGUUUGCAUCAACUUUGGCUCAAAGUGGAUUAACAAAAACUAAAGGCUUUAGCUCAAAUGAUUUUUUAAAUAUUGAUGACAUGGAAGUUGAUGAUGAUGAAAAUGAAGCUUCAUAUUUAUUGUUGAUGAAAUCGCAGGAUUUGAUAAGUAAUUUAAAUUCUGCUGAAAUCGGUAGUUCACAAGUAGAGAAAAAUUUUAACCAAACUGCUAUUAUAGCUGCACUUGAAAGUAUAAGUACAAUAACUGGUACCAUGUCAUUGGAUAAUUUUAGAUCAAAUGUACUAAUGGACAAUUUGCUAUAUAUUUUUCAAGCAUUAACAUUUACUGAUAGGCCAAAUGUACAGUUUCAAGCUCAAAACACUAUUCAAAAUAUAGUAGAUACCUACUAUAAUGGAUCAAUAAAAGAAUUGAUUAUGGAUAAUCUGGAUUAUUUAGUCGAUGGAGUAAGUUUGCAAAUGACAGUUGCAAGUAAUUUAAGUCCAAUGUUACCUGGAAUUUUGAUGGUUAUAAUCAAAAUAGCUGGAAUUCAAUUAUUGGAAACUAAUCAAUUAACUGAUAUUUUAUCUGACAUGUUUGUUAUAUUAGACUCUUAUCAUGGGUAUAAUAAAUUAGUGGAGAGUUUUUUCAUAGUGUUUGAAGCCUUAACUGACCAAAUUGAAAAGUUGUAUCUUAGUUCAUCGAAUGCACCCAAGAUUGAAAAUCAGAACCAAAAUAAGUCUCAAUUUAAGCCAUGGGGAAUGACAAACAAAUUUCAGCUUUUUCAUUUUUUGAAUGAUGAAAGUACAAUCGAUCCUUUACAAGACUUUGAUGCAGAUAAAGAAUACUUUAAAAGACCAGAUGAUAAACCAUUUUCAGAAAUGAACACCGACUCAGAUGAUGAAGAAGAGGACCUCGAAGACGAUAGUCGGCCACAAGAAGAAGAAGAAGAACCUUGGACUUCACCCAUACCCAAAAGUAUUUAUAUUGUUUUAAAAAGAAUUUUCAACUACGGAUUUGUACUAAUAUCACAACCAUCAUAUACUUUAAAAUCUCAGAUAAUGAAAACUUUUAGAUUAUUAUUCCCUUUACUUUGUACAAAUUAUAAAUUAGUAUUACCAAUGAUUACAAGCAAUUGGGCAAUGUUGAGUGCAUUGAUCUCAGGUGUUGAUUCAUUAUCUACCACUUUAACUUCAAAUUCGUAUUCAAGAGAAAAGGUCAAUUUAACAAUUGAAACAUUAAGUUUUGUGAUUCAAAUUAUCAAUCAAGAUUAUGUUCAGAAUGAAUUCUUUUUCAGUAGAAAAUUUCAAGAUACCUGGGAUUUUAUUUCCAACCAUUCAAGCAUAGUUGAUUCAUCUACUCAAACUCAAAUAUCAACACCCGCAUCAAAAGAUUUAGUAAUAGCUGAGAAAGCAGUCUAUGCUUUGCGUAUGAACCCCAAUUUGAAAGAAAAGUUGGUUGAAUUCUUAUUGACUGGAGCUCAAGUAUAUGAGAAGUCGAUUCCUGAUCUAACUAGGUAUUCAAUUAUCCAACUUUGUUAUAAACUUAAAAUACCUCAACAAUUUCCAAAAUCUAGAGAUACGUUAUGUAUAUUAGAAGUUUUACAAACCAAUUUAGUGCAUUAA